GUUGAGGAAUGGGCAGGCGCAUCGGCCUCUGCUCCACUACCAAGUGAGACGUCUAUAACACCAACGAAUACUAUUGUUGCUCCCGUUCAAACUGAGAUGGCCCAGUUGUCAUUGGGAAAGACGUUAGCUGUCAACGACGAUAUGAAAUCCCAGACUGAAGGAACACUGAAGUGGUGUCAGCAACUGAAGGAACAGGUAACCGUUAUGGAAAAUCGAAUCCGUUCAAAUAAUGCAAGAGGGCGAUCUGUUCUGAAUGAUACAGCUAUACAAGGGUUGUUCUCAACGUUGACUGAGUUCCAUUCACAAGUUUUGGGUGCCUUAACCAAGCUGGAUGAGGAAAGAACUUACUACGAAUCCCUGCAAGACCAUCUGGGUCACAUAAGUGAAGCUCGUUUGGCGAUAGAUGAGUUACGCGCGGAACAUGGUCGUAGACAACAGGAAAGGCUGGCGGAAGAGCAGAGACAGCGGCAAGCGCAGAUGAAGCAAACGCUAGAAAUGAUGCGUAUGAAGAAGCACGUAAUGCUAAUGGAGCAGCGCAAUGUUGCUUUGCAACGAUUCCAGCAUCAAGAAAUGCAAGCAAGGACGGGGGCAGGAGCGUAUUACCCUAACUACGGACCACAACAACCUGCACCACCUCAGAGUGGAUAUCCAGCUUCCUAUGGAAUGCCCGCGUACCAGGGUUAUGCUCAACAGCAGUUCCCUCAGUCUCACGCUGGGUAUCAGCAGUACCCUAACGCUGCGAUCCCGACUGCAAACCAAUGGCCCGAUCCGACGAUGCAAGCUCAACAAACAUCUUACUCACCUACUGUUGCUCAUGCACAGCAACAACCAUCCCUCACGAAUGGCUCCGUGCAAGUACCUCAACAGGCACAAACUCACCCUCAACAAGCCUACUACGCACCCGUUCCAGCAGCUGCUCCGCCAUCAUAUCAGCAGCAACCGCUAGAUGCAGCACAACAGCAACAACCACCUCCUCAAAAUACUGCUCCUGUGCCAUAUGUGAAUUCCGCACCCCAGCAACAACAACAACAACUACAUAUGCAACAGUAUCCAAUGACUCAUCAAGGCGGAUACCAACUGCAACAUCCUGUGAACGGUACUGAAACAACAGCUCCUGCUCAACAGGAGAUUGCAGAGCAGCCUCUCAUCUCCUUUGAUUGA